AUGAUUAAAAGGAAUUCAACUCCUUUGGAUUUUGAUUCACCACCAAAGAAUUUAUCAGUUCAUUCUUAUAAGAAUAAAUAUCAAUCAGUUAGUAGUUUAGGUAAUGGUAGUUUUGGUACUGUUGAAUUGGCUAAAGUUAAAUUCCAUAAAUUAGAUUUAUUAAAAUCUCAUGAAAUUGAUAAAAGAGGUACAAUGUUAUUUCCAAAUGCUGAUUCAAAACAUAAUCUUUCAAAUCUUGUUGCUAUUAAAACCAUGAAGAAAAGAUUACCUUUGUUGCAUGAUUAUGCUAAUGUUAAAGAAGUUAAGUUUAUCUUAGCAGUUCCACUGCAUCCUUGUUUGGUACAAAUCUUUGAAAUGUUUGUUGAUGAUAUUCGUUUCCAACUUCAUAUUUCCAUGGAAGCCCUUAAUCAAAAUUUAUAUCAAUUAAUUAGAAGUAGGAGAAAUGUACUAUUUUCUCCAGUUACUUUAAGAAGUAUCUUAAGUCAAUUACUUUGUGCUAUUAAACAUAUUCAUAAAUUCAAUUAUUUUCAUCGUGAUGUUAAACCAGAAAAUAUUUUGGUUAUACCAACUACUCAAUUCUAUCAUAGUAGAUCCUUAAUUCCUCCAUAUAGAAAAAAUGAUAAUUUUAUUAUCAAAUUAGGUGAUUAUGGACUUGCUAGACAUGUUUCCAAUAUGAGACCUUAUACUGCUUAUGUUUCAACUAGAUGGUAUCGUUCUCCUGAAAUCUUACUUAGACAAAAAUCAUAUUCUCGACCAAUUGAUAUUUGGGCAUUUGGUUCUGUGGCUGCAGAAAUUGUUAAUUUUGCUCCUUUAUUUCCUGGUGUGAAUGAAAUUGAUCAAAUAUGGAAGAUUCUUAGGAUUUUGGGAACACCAACUGCUCCAGAAUCAAAUUCACUCAAUAAUAAUUAUAUUGUUCCACUUGGUGGAUAUUGGAGUGAAGCUCAAGUAUUAGCUCAAAAAUUAGGUUUUGGAAUUCCAGCUGAACUCGGAUUGACUAUUGCGGAAGUACUUCCAAAUCCUCAUACGGAACCACUUGCUGAUGUAAUUAGAUCGUGUCUUUUGUGGGAUCCACUAGCUAGACCAAAUGCACAUGAAAUUAGUAAAAUGCCAUAUUUCAAGGAUACAAUAACUUUAAUGGAUAGCCAUAUUGAUAAUGAAAUUCCUAUGCAAGCAUCAUUGAAUAAGUUGGCCGGAAUACCGGUUGGUUCCUCGGCUACAAUCAUGUCAUCAAAGCCCAACGCUACCACUAUUACAACAGCUACAACACCCCAAGCAUCGUCAUUACCAUUGACUUUGUCGCGUUCACCUAGUAAAAAGAAUUCACCAAAUAAAAAACCCUUAUUACCACCACCAAAGUUGAAAGAUGUAAGUUUAAGUUAUGAUGACCUUGAAAUGGGUGCUUAUGAAAAUUAUUUUUCUGGGUAUGUGACGCAAACUGAAAAAAAUAAAUCGCACGAACAAGACUCAUCUGACAUUGAUAAAAUCUGUCAUGCGUGGAUGAAUAAAGAGAAUGAUUUAAAAUUAGAAUCACCUAUUAAACCAAGAAAUAAUAAUAAUAAUGAUAAUCAUACAACUAAAUCUAUUAUUGGAAAUAAAAGGUCAUUUAGUACAUUUUCAUUAGAAAAUGAAGAGAUUAUUAAUUCUUAG